GGAAGAAGGUGGACGAAGAGAAGAUCAGCCAUUUUCGUGAGGUCGAAAUCUGCAGUGCAGGAUGCCAAGACACUGCUCAGCGGGCGGCUGCAAAUCUCGAGACAACCGCGAGACUCGUAAUGCUGGUAUCACCUUUCAUAAAUUACCAAAAGGAGAAACUCGGAGGAGCCUCUGGAUCACCAACUCCCACCGUGCGGGCUCCUGGGAUCCUCAGACGGACUUUGUCUACUUCUGCUCCAAACACUUCACUGCAGAGAGCUUUGAGCUGACUGGAUGCAGUGGGAUCAGAAGACUAAAGGAAGAUGCGUUUCCUACAGUAUUCGAUUCGUCUUCAGCAGCCAACUGUAAAAGACAAGGAGCACUGCAGACACAAGAGGACGCUCCUGUCAGGAAGAAUUCCUGCUCAGGUGACCAGGACAGCGCUCAGCAGGAGGCAGAGCGGGGCCAAACCUCAGAAGAGCCCACAGUUCAGAGGUCAGUGGCAGCAGCUGAUGAGACUAAUGAAAACAUACCUGCAUCUCCUCAAGAGGCAUCAGGGGUGGAGCAGCUCUCACAGCAAGAAUGUCCCUCACCGGUGUCUCGUCCCCCCUCUCCGUCACGUUACAUGAGGCGUUUGCCCCCUCCUCCAGGCUUCUACCUGUCCAAGGAGCACAGCUACGCUCAGCUCUGUCCCCUGCAGUGGAGGAGACGUUACGACCAGGCUAUUGACUGCUUGGAGAAGGCCUUGCGACAGCUGCAUGCAGCCAGGCGGAGGGAGAACCGCCUGAGGAGCACUGUGCUGAGGCUCCGUGAUAAACGGCUGAAGCACACUCUGCUGUUAUCACAAGACGGGUGUAAAAACAGGACAAGCUGGACACCGGGUGGGGAGAAGAGACGAAGCAAAGGAGGUUCCAACCAGGAGGAGAGUGAGACUGAUGGUAAAUCUGAGGAUACGGGGUUGUUUGAGGACAGAUGUGUGGAUCAGAUGGAGUUGGGGGAUCGUUUUCUUCCAGAAACAAACAGCUGGUCUGAGGAGGAGAAGGGAUACUGCUUUUACUGUGGACGAGGGCAGGUUGGUGCUCAGGUAGCUCGCAGAGUUUCAAAGACCGGCAAAGAUGUCCAGCAAACACUGCGGGAGGAAACAAGGACUUGUGACACAGGAGAAAAUGCCAAAGACACACAGAUUGUCAGACUGGUAAGACCACCUGGGAAAAGUGAAGAAACCAGUGACUCAAAUGUAACAAACUCCCAAGUCCUGCUCCAAACUCAAAGUCUUCAACAUGCGAUCCCAGCUGCAGUGUCUCUGCCUGAUAUUCGUGAGCAGAGUUUGCAGUUUCCAGGCUCUCAGCAGAAGCUGCUGCUCUCUGACGUGUGUGAAGGGGACACAGACGCUUUGGGUGCAGAGCAUCACCUGGACCAGCAGCAGCUGUUUUGGAUACAGGACAGCGCUGAGGGACAGGUCAUUCUGGUGCCUGUCCCUGCUGAAGAUGGAUUACAAAGCUUUCUGAAGAUGGACCGAGUUGUCGAUGAAGCACAAACAAUACUUGUGUCAGAACUGGAUCUUAAAGGAGACUUGGGGAACCUGAUGGAGAGCGGCGGAUGUCUGUCCAGAGUUGAAACAGCCAGUGAUGAUGGACGCAGUGACCAGCACUCUGUUAUCAACACUACACCGGUGGAAAUGGGAGAAGAUGUGAGGGAGAAACUGAAAGAACACUUGGAGGGAUUUCACCUUCAGCUGAGCACUGAGUUUAUAAACUGACAGGAUGUUUUCAGUGAACACAACAGGGUCGCUUUGAUACCUGAGUGAUCCAUUUGUCAUUUCUGCCAGCAUAGUUGAAUAUGUUGUGCGUUGGUUAACCCUAAAGGUGUGUUUCAGCGGAUGUUGACCUCUUGAAUGUAUGGCACCAUUUAAGAAUCAAUCUGGCAAAACAAACCUUCAAAGAAGCUCGAAAGAGAUAUCCAGAGCGUAUUCACCCCAGAAAGGUAAAAAUGAACGGAUAAAUGGGUACUGUUAGGUCUCAAACAGAAAAUGUAACAAGUAUUGUAUGCGCAUCCAGGCUUGAUACAUCUUCUUCUUCUGUGCUAUUUGCCUAAUUCACCGACUUCAUCAUCUUAAACUAAAAUAUGGCUAAGGAGGAUGGAAGUAGUGCUGGACUGUGGGAUGCCUGCAAUGCUACUUCACUGCUGCUUCCCCAAAUGUACCUCAUCAAAGAAAGAAAGAAAUCCUGUCGAGCCCAGACCUUUCACCGUUUCCCCAAAGAUCCUGUCCUUCGCCAUGAAUGGAGAUCCUGAUGGCCAUUUCGAGUGAACCGACGGCCCCUCAACACCCUGAUCACCAUUAUGCUGCAACUGGAGGAGCGACUUGAGGAACAACACCAUCACUGACCAGGCAGACCAGCUUCAUGAUGAGCAGGUUCACCUUUCAAGAUUCCAGGGCGACAAGCAUGUAUGAGCAGCGCAGUGCAGUAACGCUGAGGGAAAAUCAAAGGUUGAUGGUUUCAUACCGAAACAAUUCAGUGUGACUUCUUUAACUGGGUGUGGCAUCAACCCUUCCCAGGCAGAUACUCCAGGACCUGGAGGAGAAGGAGGGGUGGCAGUGGGGGUGGGACUCUAACCAUGUAAAUCAUUGAAAUCAUAUAUUCGGACACACCCUUCCCCUUGAGGACAUCAGCUGCUCUCUACAGUAAGCUCUCUUUUUAGCUCCGGCCGAAGAUCCGCUAUCAACUGGAUUUCUGCUGAUUUUUUCCCUUUAGCAAAAUUCUUGUGGUUUAUUUGAACCAAACUGUGGCUUUCCCCUCACUUGUACACCCACCCCACUGACUGUCUGAAGUCAUAAAACCGGAUUGAAAGAAUGUGGUUGUGCCUGUUUCCUUCUCCCGCUUCGCUUUCCCUUUUCCUUUUUCGUUUUUUUUUUUUCUCUUUCAACAAAACUUUGGAGUCAUUUCUCAUUGCUUGAUAUUUUUUCGUCUUUAUCCUUUAUUUACCCAGCAGAGUCUAACAAGAAUCCAGUAUAUAAACCAGACAACAGCA